AUGUCCCUUGAUUGCUCACGGGCAGCGGGCACUGGGCCCCCGCGCAUCCUGGAGCGGGCCAACCGAACCCGCUUCUCCUUCUUCUCCGAAGUCAAGGGCGACCACCGGCUGGUGCUGAGCUCAGUAGAGACCGUCGUACUGGCGCUCAUCUUUGUGGUGUCGCUGCUGGGCAACGUGGGCGCCUUGGUGCUGGUGGCGCGCCGACGGCGCCGCGGCACCACCGCCUGCCUGGUGCUCAACCUUUUCUGCGCGGACCUACUCUUCACCAGCGCCAUCCCGCUCGUGCUGGUCGUGCGCUGGACCGAGGCCUGGGUGCUGGGCCCGGUCGCCUGCCAUCUGCUCUUCUACGUGAUGAGCCUGAGCGGCAGCGUCACCAUCCUCACACUGGCGGCCGUCAGUUUGGAGCGCGUGGUGUGCAUCGUGCGCCUUCAGCGCACCGUGCGGGGCCCGUGGCUGAAGGCGCGGGCGGCGCUGCUCCCACUCAUCUGGGGCUACUCGGCGCUCGCCGCGCUGCCCCUCUGCAUCUUCUUCCACGUCGUCCCUCAGCGGCUGCAGGGCUCGGAGCAGGAAAUUCUGAUUUGCACACUGGUUUGGCCCAGCGUAGCCGGAGAAAUCUCCUGGGAUGUAUCAUUUGUUAUUCUGAACUUCUUGGUGCCAGGACUGCUCAUUGUGAUCAGUUACUCCAAAAUUUUACAGGUCACCAAGGCGUCGCGGAGAAGGCUGACGGUGAGCCUGGCUUACUCGGAGAGCCACCAGAUCCGCGUGUCCCAGCAGGACUUCCGGCUCUUCCGCACCCUCUUUCUGCUCAUGGUCUCCUUCUUCAUCAUGUGGAGCCCCAUCAUCAUCACCAUCCUGCUCAUCCUGAUCCAGAACUUCAACCAGGACCUGGUCAUCUGGCCGUCCCUCUUCUUCUGGGUGGUGGCCUUCACGUUCGCCAACUCGGCCCUGAACCCCAUUCUCUACAACAUGUCACUGUUCAGGAACGAAUGGAGGAAAAUUUUCCGCGGCAUCUUCUUCUCAGAGAAGGGAGCCAUGUUUACAGACACGUCUCUCAGAAGAAAUGACUUGUCUAUUAUUUCCACAUAGUUUUCUCCAGAGGCAGAUUUUGUCACUCUCUGGCCAGCCACGGUGUGUUUCCAAAGGGAGUUGUUUUCCAGGACUGUCACACCAGUGUACCCUGCUUUAAGAAAACGUAACCUAUGCAAAUACAUCCACGGCACCAGUAAAUUAAGGGGCGAUUCAGUGUAAGAAUUUCAUCCUUUAUACAAGGAUUUGUUGUGGGUUCCUUUACAUAUGAACUUUUUCAGUGUGUUUGUAAUAUGACUAAAUGUAAUAAAUUUUUAUUUAUAACUGUUCAGCAACCACAUC